UUCUGACGUCACCAACCUGCAAUUGAGCGAAAGAAGUAACGAACUACAGAGUCCCUACCGGAGCUACCGGGAGGCAGUACCGUCACAGAGCGAGUCCCCGCCGCCCGGAGGAGCCAAACGGAGGAAGGUCCACUGAGAGCCGCCGUGAGAAAGCCGUGCUGAAAUCAGACGAUGCGAGCGUUGCUCACCGCCGCCCAGUAACACAAACUACCGUCGACUGGAGAAGAAGAGAACCGUUACCGUGAUUUACCGUCACAAAAACAGAAGAGAGACGGAAGACGGACGGACGGACAGACCACCACCGACCCCAAGCUUGAGAAACAAACAACUGCGGUGGCUACAUCGUGUUGUUUUUGCGUUGUGGAUCAAACCGACUGGAUCCUUGAUUUAAAUGCUCUAACAGCACCGUGUCCCCGGCUUGAGAGAGAGUGAGAGAGAGGGAGCUGUGCUGAGAGCGAAAGAAAGAAACAGAGGGAUCAUCCAGGGCUCGAAGGCAUAGCACAGAGAAGGAGGAAAUUAAUCAAGACAGAAAAAAAAAAGGAUUUGCAACCAGCGUUGUUUCCAGUUUCACUGAAUCCAGCUUUUCGUUGCUUUUUCUGCCGUGGAUCCCGGUAUCGGUAACGCUAUCAAGCUGUGUUCUCUAACCAUGGGAUGUACUCUGAGCGCAGAGGAGAGGGCGGCUCUGGACCGGAGCAAAGCCAUCGAGAAAAACCUCAAGGAGGACGGUCUCACCGCGGCCAAAGAUGUUAAACUGCUGCUGCUGGGGGCUGGAGAGUCAGGGAAAAGCACCAUCGUCAAACAGAUGAAGAUCAUCCAUGAGGACGGUUUCUCCGGUGACGACGUAAAGCAGUACAAGCCUGUCGUUUACAGCAACACCAUCCAAUCUCUGGCUGCCAUCGUGCGUGCCAUGGAUACGCUGGGCCUGGAGUAUGGAGACAAAGAGCGGAAGGCGGAUGCUAAGAUGGUGUGUGAUGUGGUCAGUCGUAUGGAGGACACGGAGCCCUACUCCGCCGAGCUGCUCUCCGCCAUGAUGCGUCUGUGGUCCGACUCAGGCAUCCAGGAGUGUUUCAGCCGCGCCCGAGAGUACCAGCUCAACGAUUCAGCGCAAUACUAUCUAGACAGCCUAGAUCGCAUUGGUGCGGCAGACUACCAGCCCACAGAGCAGGAUAUCCUGAGGACCCGAGUGAAGACCACAGGCAUCGUCGAGACACACUUUACCUUCAAAAACCUCCACUUCAGGCUGUUUGAUGUGGGAGGUCAGAGGUCGGAGAGGAAGAAGUGGAUCCACUGUUUUGAGGACGUUACAGCCAUCAUUUUCUGUGUGGCGCUCAGCGGAUACGACCAGGUGCUGCAUGAGGACGAGACCACGAACCGCAUGCACGAGUCUCUGAAGCUGUUUGAUUCCAUCUGUAACAACAAGUGGUUUAAGGACACUUCCAUCAUCCUCUUCCUGAACAAGAAGGACAUCUUUGAAAAUAAAAUCAGCAAGUCAUCGCUUUCCAUCUGCUUCCCUGAGUACACCGGUCCAAACACUUACAUGGAGGGAAUAGCCUACAUAAAGUGUCAGUACGAGAGCAAGAACCAGUCAACCAACAAAGAGGUCUACUCUCAUGUGACCUGCGCUACAGACACCAACAACAUUCAGUUUGUCUUUGAUGCUGUCACUGAUGUUAUCAUAGCAAAAAACCUGCAAGGUUGCGGCCUAUACUGAUGAUUCUGUUAAUUGUUAGCCAAUGGAUGAAUGGUGCUUCGCUCGUAUUUACCAACGAGGGGUACCACGUACAUUAUGUGCCCCGUGUCAAUGAUGUCAUCACUCAGAUAUAGGUAAUGGGCUGUGUUUGAGAUGUCACCAUUCUGCUUUACCUUAAGACCAGCCAUUGGUCCACCUUGACUUUUAUUUAAUGAAUUAAUUGGUCGAGUGGCUGCUAGAUUGGUUGGUUGGUUGACUCAUUUGUUGACUAUGGCUUCUUUUAACGUGUUUGUCUUUCUUAUGCCCCCCCUAAAGAAUACUCAACAGAAUAUUCCAGUAAUACUGUAUGUGGUGUUUUUAGUUGUACUACAACUGCUAAUCUUUUGCUGGUCUGCUGCAGUUGGCUCACACAGCAGCACAUGUGUUAUUCAAAGAUCUAGACUGAUUGCAGUAAGUGCAGCCAUUUUAGGGGUUCACCUGCCGUUCCCAAAACAGUUAUAAUCAGAACCACUGCUAUCUCUGUCUGGUAUUUCUAAAUAAUUUUAUUUAAAUUUGAGUUGUUACGUUUCUUUGUCCUAGACUUGUGCCUUAACAUUAAGGACAGAUGUAAAACUGAAUGUAUAAGUAUGUUGGGUCAAGUUCUCAGUUUACAUCACAAAGGUGUUCUUCAGACUUGAUCGUUUCCAAUCAGAUAUUAAACUGUUGACAAGAUUAUGUUCAGCCUUCCAAGAAGAUACUCAUCUGUAAAGAAACUGCAUUUUAAUUUAUAUUUUGUGCAAAAUAACUUUUGUGCACGCCUCCUUCUUUACUGUGUGUUUCUUUUGGUUUCUGAUGACACUCCUGCUCUGAUGAAUGUGGUGUGCUGCAUAGUAUCUGCCUGCAGUGUUCCACUAAGCUGUGAUCUGUUAACUUUCGAGCUCCAAAAUGACCAGUAUUCAGUAAAUGAGUGAGACAUUAAAAACUAAAUCACCAUCUAAGGUAAGGAAUCAUUGACGGCCCGUCUGUAUCUCCCAGGGUUUCCUCAUAAUAGUACAGCACUGGCCAAGCCAAAAAAUCUUUUGUACUGCCAAAUAUAACGGCAAAUAUGUAUUAAUUUCUUUAUUUUGAAGUUUUAUUUUGAAAUUAGAAAGUCGUUUGUGUUUUUCUACUGUUGUGCAGUGCACCAAUCGGUGACGAUGUAAGUUCUAAUAUGGCUAUGGCUACAAGGUCCAUGCAGCACAGUGACUUGAUUCUUUCUGUAUUUCAUGAUGUUUCACUGUCUAGUUAUUGUUCAGUGUAUUAACUGCUGUACUGUUGCUAAAGACUUGUUUCAGUAAUUAGUCUGCUCGGAGGUCAGCUUACUAACUGUUGAACUAACUGGUUAGCCUAGCUGGCUUGCCUGUAUUACUGUACAGCUUCACAGAGCAGAGGACAGACAUGUAAAGAUCGCAUUAUUUAGGUUGACAACAACUUGUUACUUUACAGAAAGUGCGAUAAAAGCUUUGCACUAAGAGCAAAUUAAAUGCCAACCCUGUUAUAUAUCAUUAUGAAGUGUACAUUAAUUUCACAGUCAUUUGUUUGAUAGCAGCUGCUGAGCCUGCCAACAGGCAGGGAUCAUAUGAUUGGCCAGCGGAGUAAUAACAGUAACGGUGGCAUUUACAAUAAUGUCACUGACAUGGAAGCACACUUUUCAAAAAGUGCUUGAGAUUGUUUAAAUUGCUUUAAUGAUAUCAGAAUUAACCAUAAUGAAGUUUCAAAUUAUUAAUGAUGAAUCUCUCAUGAUAAUAAUUAUUGUUUUUAUGUAUUUGUUUGUACCUUUUCAUAUGACGAUUUAGUUAUAAUAAACUAUUGCCUGGUUUGUAGUUCAGUAUCAGACAGUGUGACACCUUGCGUAACAUAAUGAUCCAACCAGCUAAUAACACAGACUCCAUUCAUCUGGUCCUAUCCUCCACUGAGCUGGCGGAAGCACAGCCGAAACAGCCUUGGCCAUUCAAAGCCUGUGGGAGGUGAGGGAUUAUCAGAGAACUCUGUUCACAAUAUUAAAUGUAAUAAGACCCAAGGUAGUCCAUUUAUGAAACAUGGCUGUUUUCUGUGAAGUCACGUUGCUCCUUUUGCUUCGUUGCAAAAAUGAUUUUACUUAGUUGGACUAGUUCAGCUCUUAAUGGCGAAAUAUUUUCAACUUAAGGUGUCUCUGUAUUGGAUUUGAACAUUCAUGACUUUAGUGACUCCUAGUGGUUAGUAUCAAAGGUUAAGAUUGGCUAAGAUUAAACACAGACCAGGUCAUUGGCAGCUCAGUUGGAGGUUUUUUUUGGAAUACUAUGCAGCAUCAGUCAUGUUUCAGCAGUUGCUUUCAUUAUUGCAGAACCUUAAUGUUUUGGUCUUGGAUGCAUUUCACUUCCAACUAAAUCUGUUUUUGGUCCCGAAAGAAGAAUGUAAUUGGAAUUGUUUUUGAGGAGGUAGUUUAUUGUCUUGCUUUUUUCACUUUACCUUAAAUGUAUAGCUUACAUUUAAAUUUAUAGUGAGGAACUUGCCAUCUAUGCUAUUUAUUCUGCUAUCAUCUUUCAUUCCUUGUAGAGGCCACCUCUGGUCAUAUUUUUUAGGACUGAUUUUCUCGUGUUUCAACAUGCAUUGGUCCACUUUAAAAUCACUUUCAAGAGCUACAAGAGGUAGUUUGCUGACUCAAACAUACAAUUCUCAGAUAAUGCUUCAAAGGAAGCAUUGAUUUUAUAGGGCCCUGGGGCUGCAUCCAUUGUUCAGGGCUGCACAGUCUAAUAUCCCUAUUGUCCACCACUCUGCCUUAAUAAGCCAGAGGUGAGCGUUGAAAGAUUGUGUGCUGGUGAGAACAUAUGCUCUUCUGGGACUAGAAUGUCAACCUUGUUUUAUCCCUGAUGUUUUGUUUUCUGCUGCAUGAGCUCCAUUUGUGCUGGAUGGUAGUCUUCCCAGAGCUGCUGUAGAAUUGAGGUUUGAUGUGGUGCACAGCUGAGGUGAAAUGAAAAGUGCAAUUUGCUCCUGGCAUUAAAGCCAAAGAGAUGCAAGUAAUACCGUAUGACCUGCUUCUCCCUUCUCUCUUUACAAGCAGCAGUUUACAGCAUCACAUAGAGACUGAGAUUUGUUUGUCUGUGUGUGUGUGUGUGUGUGAGAGAGAGAGAGAGCGCUCAGUGGCAAACAGAGGUGCAGAACUGCUUUAUUUAUUCAUGAGCAGGGCAUUUGCUAUAUUCCACCCUUCCACACACUCAAACAGCGAGAGCGUGUCUCCACCCUCUGCUCAAAGCUGCCAUUUUUUUUUUUAACAGGUAGAUGACGUCAUCAGCUCUUCCUACCACAUCUGUGCCAACUUUUCCUAAUUAGAGACAGAGAGCUGCCUAAGGCUGUUGAUCAGCCUGCUGUGUGUGUAUGUGCUUCUCUCUGCAUAUCCUGUGUGUAUUCGUGUGUGUUUACUGAUUGUAUGUAGUUACCUACAUGUGUGUCUGUUGAUGGCGUAGGAAAGGUCAGUGUGCAUGUGUCUCUUGUGUGAGAGACAACAUCAGCCCAUGGGUGUUGCGGUAGAGUCAGUAUCUGUGGAUUAAUUACCCAGAAGGCACCUGUCUACCCUUUCCACACACACAGGCCCUCAGCACACACACGUACCACACAAGCUCUGAAGACACAAACACACCCGAGGGACUUCAAAAUGUCACAACACCUUACUUGCCGGUGCCAAAUAAUGCCACCGUAUCCAACCAGAGCCUCAAAUGUUUUUUUGAGGAAGAGCAUUGCCUUUGGAGAUGUGGCUUGGAAAAUGCAGAAAACUUCAAGUAUUCGUCAUGAAAUCAUCUCAGAAUAAGUCCCUAUGAAAGACUUGGUUCACCUCUUCGCUUCACUUCCUAUAUCUUUUAAAUACAUAUCAGAGUGCUCGUGCGUGUGUUUAGUCUUGUUUGUAAUUUGCACAGAAGUCAAACAGAUAUUUCGAUUGACGUGGUGGAGACAAUGAGCAUCUGUGUUUCUGCAAACAAUCAACAGAAGAGACUGUUUGUAUCGUUUUCACUUUUGUGGUAUUGUAGAAUCAAGCCAUAAAUUACGCCGUGUACCCUGCUACUAUAAAAGUACCUGACAUGUUUAAUUUGUUGAAUAAAUAAUCCAUCUUAGCAUCAUCCUCAUUUAAUGCAGAGCAGGACGCUGGCGGAGACAUUGCUGUUAUAAUGACAUCUGUCAUCGAAAUUAUUUCUUUGGUUUUUGGGGGAAUUUUUUUUUGAUACUUUUAUGCUACAGAACAUACACUGGCUGUGGAACAUCCAUCCUCAGUAAGUUAGCAAGCUCCAGUUCAUAUUCAGAUGAAAGGAAAUGCCAACAUUUGUGUUUGCCCUCAGGGUGGGAAUGGCAGCAUACUGUUCGAGCUUUGCCUUCAAACUUAUUUCAUGCCUGUGUUAACCUCAGGCAGCACACAGUACAGUACUCAUACAUGUUUCUGUUUUUCAGCGGCAUACUGAAUCAUUCAAAUGUAUUCUUAAAAAAAAAAGAAAAAAAGAAAGAAAUUUAAAAGUGAAUUGCUCCUCAUUUAAUUCACAAUAUGUAACAACACUUAAA